UCUUGCUAAAUGAGAAUUCACCAUGAAUGUAUUACUUUUUUAUCUGUUUAAGAAUGAGGAAAUCAUAACAAAUCUCAAAAUGUACGCCUAUCAACUGCGGGCCCUUUGCCGGACUUGUGGAGUUAAAAUAGACGAGAAUGACAUAAAUUUGGCAACCCAACUCUUUGAGGAGUCUAAUCAGUCAUUUAUCUCAUUGAUCGAGAAUAUUACAGAUAUAUGGAUAGAAUAUGACAACAAUCUUCCCGAGCUUAUAUGCGAGAGCUGUAAGGCCGUGCUGGAUAAAAUCACGGAAUGGAGCGAAAGAUGCGUCAACACGCAUACGAAACUACAGGAAGCCAAGCAGAAUCUAAUAAAAAACUCAGUGGAUAAAAUUUUGCCUUUUGAAGAAACGGAAUCAGUAGACUUCAAGGAGUUUGUCGAUGUCGAUGAUAAUUUACAGUACGAAGAGGAGACCCCAGAGCCCCAGUCAUCACAGGUGAAAGUUAAGAAGAAAAAUGCUAGGAAAAAAUAUCCGAAACAUUUAAAAAAAACUUGGAUUUGCGAACAAUGCGGAGGUGAAUUCAAAUGCUCGACAUACCUAAAAUUGCAUCUCCUGCGACACACUGGCAAAAAAGAAGUGGAAUGCGAUAUUUGCCAGGCGAAGUAUUAUACUCAGAAUGAGAUGCUACGACACAGGAUACUGCACACGGAUGCACGUCCCUAUUCCUGCAAGUAUUGUGAUAAAACGUUCCGUGGGUGCAGCAGCAGAGCAGUUCACGAACGAAUCCACACCAACGAACGUCCAUUUGCCUGCAGCUAUUGCGAGAAACGUUUUACAUCGACUUCGACGAGACGAAGUCAUGAGCUAGUUCACACCGAUAAACGCCAAUACCACUGUCAAACGUGUGAUCAGUGGUUUCUGCGAUCGGCGCAUUUGGAAAUGCAUCAGCGUUCAAAACAGCACAAAAAGAAAUCUCAAAAUGCCAUUGAUUAAAAGUCUGACGUCUUUUAGUGGGUUUUAAAUACAGGGGCUUCAGUUACCAAUACACCCUUUUAAUUCUAUACAUAAAAUACAUACCUACUUACUUGUAUGUAUGUAAAUGUCAAUUGCAUCUUUUUUUACCAUCAAC